AUGAUCUUUAAAAAGGGCAACAUAGAGUUCAUCCUGGAGUCCCUGGAGACGAGCUGUGAUCACGAUUAUGUGGAGUACUUCCGCAAGGUGCCCAACACAAAGCUUUUAUACACAUUUCGCGUGGUAAAAUUGGCACCUGCUUUCACCAUCGACAUCGCGGUGAAAGUGCUUAAAACCCAGAGGAUUUUCUACAAGAUGGAAAACAUUAAGGGCUGCGAUUUCCUAAACAAUCCGCUGCUCUUCAAAAUGUUUGGCGAGACCUACAAGCAGCUGGUGGUCAAUGGCAGCUACUUCAAGUGCCCCAUCAAGCCGAAGGUCUACUAUCUGAAGAACGAUGCUUCCAUGUCCCUGAUACCCAGCAUCCAUCCGCCCGGACGCUUCCAGCUCUCGAUGCGUGUGAGAAUGGCGGAAAGCCGCCAUCCGUUCGUCAUGGAAAUGUUGUGGAAGUAUAGAAUUGUGCGCAUCAAAUAA